AUGUCCAACGAUCCCAUCGAAAGCACACCCGCAACGACUGUUGCUAAACCAAACGACCAAGAUCCAUCCCCACGAAGAGACGUCGAAGAGAAACACAUCUCACAACUCCAUGAGACCCCUUCCGUACUCCCUCCAACCCUCCCACCCAUGGACAAAGGAAAACACGCCUGGCUCUUCCUCACCGCAGCCUUCGCCAUCGAAUUCUUGACCAUCGGCCAAUCCUUCUCCUACGGCCGCUUCCAAUCCCACUACACCACACACGCCCCCUUUGCCUCCAACUCCAGUUCCCAAUCCACCUCCUCCUCUUUUGCCGCCGUAAUCGGCGUCCUAAACCAAUCCUUAAUCCUCAUCUUCCUCCCCCUUGUCUUGUAUCUCGCGCGCCGGAAACCGGGCUACGCACGCUGGAUGGCGAUGACAGGUCUGCUCGGUUGUGUUGUGUCGAACAUAGCUAGUUCGUUCUGUACUAGCACAAGCCAGCUUGUGUUUACGCAGGGUGUGCUGCAGGGUGUAGUGUAG